GGGACUUCAACAUACUCAAGAACACUCAAUCCUCAAAAAUGUUAUCAAGAAGAUUAUUACUUAAACCUUCAUUCAAACCUCAAUCAUCAUCCAUCAUCAACCAAUCACCAUUCAAAAGAAACUCAUAUCUAUCUACCAGCACCAUCCAUUCCAAAUCCAUCAACCCAUCCAAUCCUAAACCAAAAAAGAAACUCAACAAAGAAGAAGAAGAAGAAACAGAACAAGCACCAGCACGGAUCCCAUCUCUAUCUGAAUUCUUUGGACAAAAACCUACACCUUCAAAGACUUCUUCUUCUAAGAAAUCUUCAACAGAUCCUUCAUUUAAAAUCUUAUUUCAAACCGGUUCAUCUUCUAAUCAGAAAAAACCUAAUCAAUCUAAACAUGGAAAUCAAAAAGGUCAAGUAGAGAAUCCGAAUCCGUUUGGAUCAAGUAUGAUCUUUUGGGUCUUAGGUGCUUAUGGACUUUAUCAAAUCGUUUCAACCGAUUCACUUACCACCAAAGAAAUCUCAUGGCAAGAGUUUAGAACGAACUUACUAGAAAAAGGAUUAGUUGAAAACUUACAAGUCAUCAAUCGAAGUAAAGUCAAGGUGAUCUUACAUUCGAAUGCUACAACGACAAAUGCUAUGAAUGGAUUGGGUAAUUCGUUUGUGUUUAGUAUUGGUUCGGUUGAUAGUUUUGAAAGGAAACUAGAAGAAGUUCAAGAUCUUUUAAAGAUUCCAAGUCAUGAGAGAGUUAAAGUCCAAUACGUUGAACAAACUUCAUUAGUGAAUUUGUUUUGGAAUUUCGCACCGACAAUCGCCUUAGCUGGUUUUUUGUUUUAUAUGACUCGAAGAGCUGCAGGAGGACCGGGAGGGGUAGGCGGUGGCGGUGGCGGUCCAGGUGGGAUUUUUAAUAUUGGAAAAAGUAAGGCUAAGAUGUUUAAUCAUGAAUCAGAAGUUAAAACUAAGUUUAGAGAUGUGGCUGGAAUGGAUGAAGCUAAGGAAGAGAUUAUGGAAUUUGUAAAGUUUCUUAAAGAACCACAGAAAUAUGAAAGAUUAGGAGCCAAGAUUCCAAAAGGAGCGAUCCUUUCAGGUCCACCAGGUACCGGUAAAACUUUAUUGGCCAAAGCCACAGCCGGAGAAGCCGGAGUUCCAUUCCUUUCAGUUUCAGGAUCAGAGUUUGUAGAAAUGUUUGUAGGAGUAGGACCAUCAAGAGUACGAGAUCUGUUUGCAACAGCCAAGAAGAAUGCACCAUGUAUUGUGUUUGUAGAUGAGAUUGAUGCCAUAGGGAAAGCGAGAGGGAAGUCUGGAGGGUUUGGAGGAAAUGAUGAGAGGGAAUCAACUUUGAAUCAGUUGUUAGUUGAGAUGGAUGGAUUCGAUACUUCGGCUCAUGUGGUUGUCUUGGCUGGAACGAAUCGGGCUGAUGUACUUGAUAAAGCAUUACUUAGACCUGGUCGAUUUGAUCGACAUAUUGCUGUUGAUCGACCGGAUGUGUCGGGUAGACGUCAGAUCUUUUUGGUUCAUUUGAGACCAUUGGAAAUCGUCACACCGGAUUGGCUUGUGAAACUUUCUCAUAAACUUGCGGCUCAUACUCCUGGUUUCUCAGGAGCUGAUAUUGCUAAUGUUUGUAAUGAAGCUGCAUUGAUUGCUGCAAGAUUAUCUGCAGAAUCUGUAACUGAAAAACAUUUUGAAAUGGCUAUUGAAAGAGUUGUGGCUGGAUUAGAAAGAAAAUCAAGAGUUUUAUCAAUUGAAGAAAAACGUACGGUUGCUUAUCAUGAAGCUGGACACGCUAUUAUGGGUUGGUUCUUGGAACAUGCUGAUCCUUUAUUGAAGGUUUCUAUCAUACCUAGAGGGGUUGGAGCUUUGGGUUAUGCUUCUUAUCUUCCAGAAGAAAGGUUUUUGUUUACUACUGAACAAUUAAUGGAUAGGAUGUGUAUGAUCUUUGGUGGUAGGGUUUCAGAAGAAAUCUUUUUUGGUAAGAUCACUACUGGUGCACAGGAUGAUUUACAAAAGAUUACGAAACUUGGAUUCGAAUUAGUUGGAAAUUAUGGAAUGUCUAAAGCCUUUGGACCUAUUAGUUUUGGUAGAUCUGAUGGUGGACAAGAAUCAUUUACGAAACCGUACUCUGAAAAAACGGGUGAGAUGUUGGAUAAUACGGUUAGAGAGAUUAUUCAUCAAGCUCAUAAAAGGACAACGGAGAUGAUGAAUGAAAAGAAAGAGUUGGUCAAGAUUGUUGCUGAAAGGUUAUUAGAAACUGAAGUCUUAUCUAGACAAGAUAUGAUUGAUUUGAUUGGUAAAAGACCGUUUGAUAAACCUGAUGCAUACGAUGAUGCGAUGGGUAGUUCAGGUAAAAGAGGUUCAGGUUCGGGUUCGGGUCCUCCGCCUCAUGAUCCAGUACAAGGGAAAGAUGAAAGUUUGUUAGGUAAUUCGGAAAAAGAAAUGCAUCCGUUAGGUAAAGGAAUCGAAGGUGGUGAAGGUGUACCAUUACCUGAACCGGCUCUUUCUUCUACAAACCUUUAAACUCCUCGCUCGGAUUCACUUUUUUUUUACGUUUCUGUUAUUUUUUUUUUGUUGAUUGUGAUUUUCAGUUUUUUUGUGAAAAGAAAUUGAUUAGAUUUGUUUUUCAAAGAAAUGAUAAAAGAAAAAAUCAGUUAUUUUUUUUUGGUUUGUGUACAACAUGAAGAGUUUUGUUUACAUACAUACAUAUAUACAAUCCCCCAUGACAUAUAGUACUUAUAAAUAAAUAGAAAUUUCUUUUUCUUUAAAUCUUUUCUUGUUUUUUUUUAUCAAGGAUUGGUUUUUUUUUGAAAAGAAAACUAAAUUUGUUUGACAU